AAUGGUGGACAGGGGCGGGGCAAAGGCCGGAAAUCAGCCAAUGGUAGAGCAGCUCAGGCGCGAGUUCCGCGGGCUCGCGGGCACUUGGAAUCCGGCCUAGGAAGGCGGUCCUUUCCAGCUUGAACAGUCCACAGCCAUACAUUUCUGCCUUAUCCAAGGCUCACUCAGCAAGAUGUCCUCUGCUGCCCCUCGGGGUCACAACUGGAUACGUUCUCAACCAGCUGCAGAUGAAGAUAGUGAGGACCCCGUGGAUCAGAUGAUCUCACGCACAGGUUGCAUGGCCUCUCACCAUGCUGUGCAGGAGUGUAUGGCUGAGCACCAAGACUGGAGGAAAUGCCAGGACCAAGUCAAGGCCUUCAGGGAGUGCAUGAACCAGUACCAGAAGCACAAGUUGGAAGAGCUGCAAAGAAGGCAGAAGCAGGUCCCCACUGAUGGCUGAGACACCCAGAGAACUCGGCUGAGGAAGGACUCAGUAUGACAGUGAGGAGCUAAGAAACUGAAGAUCUGAACAUAAGGAGGGUUCUCCUAGAGAGAAGACAACUCAGAACAGCCAAUUCAAUUCAAAUUAGCCAAUGUUUAUUAAGCAGGUACUGUGUUAGAAUCCACUGCUUAAUGGGGGGUGGGGGGUGGGGAGGGGAUGAGGUGGGAGAGAUGUGCUAAAGAGGCCUCUUAAAGAUUCCCACCCAUGCCAUAUCCAGGACUAUGUUGAUUCUUUGGAAAUUUAAGUGAGAAAUAAAUUUAUAAUCUAAAAUCUCA